AGUUGGAUUUCCAGUUUCCACUACUGAUAUUGAUGGUCUUGAAAGUGCAUUUGGAUGUAAGACAUUUUCUGUCACUGAACAAAUCAAGAGCCUCCUCUCCUAUCUCAGAACAAUACCAACAGCUUAAUAUCAUAUGACCUCAUUUCUUCAAAUUAAAUGAAAAAAGAAUUCUUUCUAGUUUUCCAUGAAGCUCAGCUAUUGCCUGUUAAUUUUGACUGUUGGUGCUGAUCUUUCAGUUGGAUUUACACUGGAAAAUGUAGCUUUUAACGGGACAGUUGCUUUUGGGUCUUUCAAUACAUCACUUCAUACAGUGUCUCAAGCUUUACUGAGUUCUCCAGCACACCAUGAUAUCAUAGCCAAAGAGGGGACCAGUAUUUUAAUUGAAUGUAAACUGAACAUCAGCCAAUAUGAAUAUAUUCUUUGGUAUAACUCCAGAGGACACCUGCUUGGACAGGAAGAUGAAGGUGGACGGUGGAGGAUUGCUGAUAAUUCCCUUAACAUCACAAAGGUGAACUUUGCUGACCGGGGGCGAUACACGUGUGCAGCUGUUAAUCGUAAUAACACCUGGUAUUACACAGUCACCCUGAGGGUUACCUUCACCUCGGGAGACAUGAGUAUCUACUACAUGAUUGUGUGCCUCGUUGCCUUUGCUAUCACCCUCAUUUUAAACAUCACCCGUCUGUGCAUGAUGAGCAGUCACCUCCGCAAAACGGAGAAGGCUAUCAAUGAGUUCUUCAGGACGGAAGGGGCUGAGAAGCUUCAGAAGGCUUUCGAGAUAGCCAAGCGCAUCCCUAUCAUUACAUCUGCCAAGACGCUAGAGUUGGCCAAAGUCACUCAGUUUAAGACCAUGGAGUUUGCUCGAUACAUUGAAGAGCUUGCCAGAAGCAUUCCCCUCCCACCACUGAUCCUUAACUGCAGGGCGUUCAUGGAGGAGAUCUUUGAGGCUGUGCGUGUUGACGAUCCCGAUGAAGCUGGUGAGGAGGAAAAACAGACCCAAGCUUGCGGUACCCAAGCUGCGAUCUACCCCAUCAACCCAGAGAUCAAGCGCAGCGAUUCGCCAGCCGGGGAUUCAGACGAUGGGUCCAUGAACGAGCAAGGUCAAGAGAUAGCAGUUCAGGUGUCCAUUCACCCGCAGUCAGAAGUGCAGAGCAUCGACACUGUUUCUCACGACAGCUGCCAGUUUGCCCCUUCUGAGGAAGGCACCUGCUGAGUCCAGCCACGCGCUGUUGUGAAGGAAGCACAGAUGACCCUAGGAUACUGCCAGAAAGGGGUCUGCAAACAAGCUGCCUCAGUCCCAUAUGCACAAGAGUUUUCCAAAUUACAAAGUGCCAGAACUGCUACUGAAAUCUGUAUUUUCUGUCAGUGUUGAUCUAACAAUUUCUAGUCUGUUAGAGAAGGCCGUUUGGAAGAUUGUGCAGUGGCUUUUCUUUUUAAAGCAAGCUUGCUAUACUGAAAAUAUUUACAAAACAGGAAUUCUUUGUUCUUGGCUCCUCGGUAGCUUCUGAUACUUCCAACCUGUAUUAGAAGUGGCCGAGCUGAGCAGUACAACCUGCAAUAAGAUCUUUUCCUUUGUGAACUCUUUCUUCCUUCACAAAGUAGAUCUGGAAUUCCUUUGAGUCAGUGGUGUU